CAGUGGCGCGGGUGUUUCAUGAUCCACGUUCAGCGUUUCCAUUUUAUUUACUUUGAGUUAUUUAGUUGUUUCUAGUCUUCUGUUAUUUGGAGACCUUCACCAAGUCAGCCUAUUGUAUCUUGUGCAGGAAGUCAACAUAGCGGAAGUUUUGCGGCGCCAAUCAUUCAAUAUUACGCGCCUUCUUUAACUGAGGAAUUCAUCACCGUUGGUCAUUGGAUGCUCCACUGAUCUUCCCGCCUCCUGUUCCACGAUGGGUUUUGUCUCCGCCCCCACAGCCCCCUCUAGCCAAUCAAGACCCCUCCCUAAACUCAGCAUACGCAGAUAGCAAUUGGCCCCUCCCACUUCCUGUCCCCUCUGACCCCAGGAAGUAAACAGGCCACAGCGCGCUGUUUCAUUGGUCCACUAAUUAUUUAGUGCUGUUUUGAUUGGUCCAGUAUUUAUUUGAUACUCUGCACCUACCUCAUACAUCAUUUUCCUCUUUGGAAGAGUAAAUGUAUUAAUGAUUAAUAAUUAAUUAAUAAUUGAAUUUAUUUUUUGAGUUCUCAUUAUUUAAUAUUUAACAUAUCAGAAAAGUAGAUAUCACAAAUCAUAGCAAAUUGACCCUGCGUGUAUAUUAUUAUUAUUUAAAAGAUUAUUGACGUCAAGCUAAGCUAUAGAUAUGGAUUCCUCGUCGCUAAGCACAUUGGCCACGGUGGCUACGCUAACGGUAGCGGCGGCUACCGACAUGUCGGGCUACCUGUGGCUGCUCAUCCUGGGCUUCGUGAUCGCCUUCGUGCUAGCAUUCUCUGUGGGCGCUAAUGACGUGGCAAACUCCUUUGGCACGGCCGUGGGCUCCGGGGUCGUGACCCUGCGGCAGGCCUGUAUCCUAGCAACGGUGUUCGAGACGGUGGGCGCCAUCUUGCUGGGGGCAAAGGUCAGCGAGACGAUACGCAGCGGAAUCAUCGAGCCGGGGAUGUACAACGGCUCCGAACACACGCUCAUGGCCGGGUCCAUCAGCGCCAUGUUCGGCUCGGCGGUGUGGCAGCUGAUGGCGUCUUUCUUGAAGCUGCCCAUCUCCGGAACGCAUUGCAUUGUGGGAGCGACCAUCGGCUUCUCCACUGUGGCCCGCGGAGCAUCCUCCGUCAAGUGGUUUGAACUGCUCAGGAUAGUGGCUUCCUGGUUCCUGUCUCCUCUUCUGUCUGGAAUGAUGUCAGCUGUGCUCUUCUACUUCGUCAGACGAUUCAUCCUCAACAAGGAGGACCCGGUCCCUAAUGGCUUGCGAGCGCUGCCGGUCUUCUAUGCCGUUACCAUGGGGAUCAACCUCUUCUCCAUCAUGUUCACCGGAGCACCUAUGUUGGGUUUCAACAGGGUGCCAUGGUGGGGUACCAUCCUCAUCUCUCUGGGCUUCGCUGUGCUCACCGCCCUCAUCGUUUGGUUCAUCGUCUGCCCUCGACUCAGAAAGAAGAUAAAACCUGAAGCGGUGGCCAACCCCAUACAGACGGCUCUGGUGGACAAACCCCCCAGUGGUGAGGAGAAGGCCCACGACUACUCCGCCGUGCCCCAGAACCCCCCCGCCGAGAACGGACGCGUGGCCUUCAACAUCGGGGGGUCCGACGACGCUGACCUGGACAGCAAAGAGUUCGACACCAAGGACCUGGAAGCCAAUGCCCUAAAUGGCCACUCCAUGCCUGUUCCGGAACUUUCUGGGGGGCAGCACCACACUGUCCACAAGGACUCUGGAAUCUACAAGGACCUGCUGCACAAACUACACAUGGCCAAGGUGGGCGACUGCUUGCCGGAGACUGCUGACAAGCCCAUGCGCCGCAACAACAGCUACACGUCCUACACCAUGGCCAUCUACGGCAUCACGGGAGGCUCAAAAGACGCAGACAGCCGCUCGGAGGAGGGCAGCUUGAGGCGCACGCGCACCUCCUCGCGCACGCGCAUGGACAGCUACAACAGCUACUGCACUGCGGUGGCGGACGGAGGUGCGGUGGAGGGGCUGGAGGUGGAGGUGGAGGACGUGGUGAUCCCGCAGGAGGAGGAGGAGGAGGAGGAAGAAGUGGACGAGCUGGAGCUGGACAGGCCGGAGGUCUCCACACUCUUCCAGUUCCUGCAGAUUCUCACAGCAUGCUUCGGAUCCUUCGCACACGGAGGAAACGACGUCAGUAAUGCGAUCGGCCCCUUGGUGGCGCUGUGGCUGGUGUAUGAGAGCGGCUCGGUGGCCUCCAGUAGCCCCACCCCCAUCUGGCUGCUGCUCUACGGGGGCGUCGGCAUCUGCGCCGGACUCUGGGUCUGGGGGCGGAGAGUUAUCCAGACCAUGGGCAAGGACCUCACACCCAUCACACCAUCCAGUGGUUUCAGUAUUGAGUUGUCGUCGGCGGUGACAGUAGUGGUGGCCUCCAACAUCGGCCUGCCCGUCAGCACCACACACUGCAAGGUGGGUUCGGUGGUGGCGGUGGGCUGGCUGCGUUCCCGGAAGGCGGUGGACUGGCGUCUGUUCCGGAACAUCUUCAUCACCUGGUUCGUUACCGUGCCGAUAUCCGGCGUCAUCAGCGCUGCCAUCAUGGCCCUGUUUACCUACGUCAUCCUCUGAGGUCCCAUCAUGCAACAGGGGCCACACACACCUCCUCAUCUGAACUCCCAUCAUGCAACAGGGGCCACACACACCUCCUCAUCUGAACUCCCAUCAUGCAACAGGGGCCACACACACCUCCUCAUCUGAACUCCCAAGAUGCAACAGGGCCACACACACCUCCUCAUCUGAACUCCCAA